UUGGUCUGAAAACUUCGGCCUGCGGACACUGAAAAAGUCUGAAACAGAGAGGCAGGGGUUGUCAGCGACUCAGUGCUCUCUCUGACAACCCGCUUUAAACAAAACAAAGCAAAUAUAUUUGUAUACAUAUAAUAUAUAUAAAGAUUUCAUUCACUCGGUUCAUCAAAUUUGUGUUGAAAAUUUGAGAAUCGAGUUAGGAACUGAAUUGGGUUUUUGUCUGUGAAUCUGUUGAAUGUGUUUAUGAAGAUGGAGGAUGGAAUUGUGAGGAGAGCGAAAGAGGAGAGAGAAGAGGUGAAACUUGGACUUGGUAUUGGGGUUGGUUGUAAUUAUGGUGGUCAGAACGGGAAGAAGAAGAAGAUGAAGUGUGGUGGCGGUGGUGGUGGUGGGUUUACGGCUGCGCAGCUGCAUGAGCUGGAGGAACAAGCGCUUAUCUAUAAGCACUUAGCUGCCGGGGUACCAGUGCCGUUUCAGCUUUUGGUUCCAAUAUGGAACAGUGUGGCUGCCUCUUUUGGCUCCUCAAAUGCUGCUGCUAUCUAUCAGCACUUCCCCACCUUUAUAGGAUUCAAUCCUGUGGGGGGCUUUGACUAUCGAAGUAAAAUGGAUCCUGAGCCGGGAAGGUGCAGAAGAACAGAUGGAAAGAAAUGGAGGUGUAGUAAGAGUGUAGUUCCUGGUCAGAAAUACUGUCAGCAACACAUGCACAGAGGCUGCCAGCGUUCAAGAAAGCAUGUGGAAACUUCUGAAACCUCUUCUCCUUCCAGCGCAAAACAACCCAAGAAUUCAGAUGCUGAAUUCUGCAGUUCAAAGACAAACGUUCAGAUUUCCACUCCGAAUGGCCUUCAUCUUAAGGCCCAAUCCUCGGAUAAUAUUGGUGUCAGCCAAGGUACAACCACUGCCUCCAGUGGCUAUAAAGAAUGUAAGACAAACAUCCGAUCUGUUACAACUACAUCCGUUGCCAUGAUACCUGCCAAUAGAACUGCUACAUCCCUUGCUUCUGCAGUCACUAUUGCGCAUGCUGGACCAACCGCUGCCACCAACAGCAGUAGCAACAAAAAUAGCAUCAGCAUUGGUGUAAAAGACUAUAGUAGCAGCCAUGCUGGUGACAAUUGCAUGAUCAGAGGAAGCAGCCUCAACAGAAAUAGCACCAUUGUUGGUAGUACUAUAUCACCAGGAUUGGGCUUCUCCCCAAAGAGCGUUCUUCAGGGUAGACAAAUGACUUUUCUAAUUUCCAAUGGCGUAUGCUUCAACAAUAGUAGCGGGACAGAGCUUGAACCAAGGAGGUGUAGGAGAACGGAUGGAAAGAAGUGGCGCUGCAGAAGGGAUGUUCUUCCUGACCAGAAGUAUUGUGGUCUGCAUGUCCACAGAGGAGCAAAGAGGCAAACGAAAGACUCCCAGCCAAUUGGUGUUCCUUCUAGUUCAGCUGCUUCCAUGAACACCGCUCAGAUCUCUCAGACGAUAUCCACUACCAAAAAAACUGAUCGUGCAAUCCCCAAUACAAAUCUCAGCAUGUCCAUCCCAGCAAGGCCCCCACCGAUGCAAAAUGAUGAAAAAAGCAAUUCCAGCGGCGAUAGUGACACAACCAUUACAGACACCAGCCUUGCUGCUUACGAGGGUAGUUAUGUUUCUUCAUAAAUAGCUACAUUUUCCAUCAUUCUGAAGUAUCCGAAAUUUUGAAUUCUGUGUUUCUGCCGCAACCAGUAUCCUCAGGAAAAUAUCAACAGAAGAAAAAGGAAGUCUCUCUGUAGGGCAUAAGAAAUACUGUGUUCUGAGAGGAAAAUAGUAAUUCAGAUUUCGUGGUAUCUGAUCGUUUUUUCUCCUCCGAAGAAAGAUAUGAAAGUGUAUUUCUUGUUAGUUUUCGGAGACCGCAAAUGUGGGUUGAUUUGCAUGUAAUUUGUCCAUCGAAAGGUCGACCUUCUCUCUUGUAAUCUUGUACAAUGUAUGCCAAGUCAAUGUUGUGUUAUGAUGUUU